AUGCUUGAGAAAGGGGUACAACAGUUUGCCGAAGUUGUACACGCCGACGAGGAAGUUGGCGCUCCCCGACAACGCCAGCAGGACGAGGUAGAACGACUCGACUGCCAGUUGGCGGCAGGUACCGUCGGAGCGCUGGCGCGUCAGCCGGAGUUGGCCGAGCGACCCGGUCGCGAAGGUGCACAAGAGCAGGAGGUUGCCGACCAGCUGGAAGAGGCUGAGGUGGUUGAUGGUGCGCGCUUGUCGGCCGAGGAGACAGACGAAACGGCCGAGGCGGAAGAGGGCCACGACGUUGAACAGGAGCCCGAGGCAGCACAGGCCGCUCAGCACAUGGUACAACGGCUCCAUGAAGCCACUGUCGGAUCGAUAGAAGGUCGGCGCCGGUGA